CAUAGGUAGAUACAUCAUAGAUUUAAACGUCUUUAUUGCGGUCACUUUCAAAAAGUUUUAAAGAGUGCAGAAAAGAACUUAAAAAAAAUUAUUUAAAUUUGAAUGAUAUGGCAACGCAAUUCAAAAAUUAAGAAUCAAAACAAACCAAUAUUGCGUUAACAUUUUGAGGAAUCACCGCCAAAAUGAAUAAGGAUAAUUCUAGCAUGCAGAUGGAUCCACAGCUUGCGCUGCGCCUUCUUGCCGAAGGAGCCGUGUUGGUCAUCGCUGGCGUUCCCGAGGGCACGGAGUUCGGCAUCGAUUUGUGUGCCCACACCAUUGGGCCGAAUUUCCGAGGCGUGAAGAUGAUUCCGCCCGGCGUUCAUUAUGUUUGGUGCGCUUCUCGAGGACCCUAUGGAGAUACAGCACCGCGUGUGGGUUUCGCCCACUUCUUCCACCCGAAUGAGAUUUUGGUCCGCGAGUGGGACAACGAACUGGAGGAGCUGCGACCGCGAAGGAUAGCGGAACCUGAGGUGGAGCGUGAGCGCAUCCGGAGAAACUUGGCCCAGCUCGAGCGAGUGUUGGCUCCCUACGAUUAUCGAUAUGUAUGUCCAUGGAAGGAUCUAACAGGAAGUGUGACGGAAUCAUGCGUGGAGCGCUGCCGACCUUCAGAAGGCACAAUUCGCACCAAUAUUGAACUACAGUCAUGCCCGGAUGCUGAAAGGCCAAGAGGCGGGGGAGCUGGUACCAGUAACGGCAGCAAGCGAAAUGCUGCUGCUAGGCUGCUUUUGGAUGAAAGUGAACUUCUUCCCGACUUGAAGCCCGUAGAAGGAACGGCUCCGCGGUUUACUCCAGUACCUCAACGUGUUCCCAACGAUGCUCUACCCUCCGAUGUCUCCAGACAUGCAAUGGACUGCAUUGAAGCGGUGGAUAAGCUAAUCUGCAGCUUUGAAUCCUCCAAUGCAUUAAUUGAAGAAGUGCAACUUGCCUAUGCAUUCUUCCUAGUUGGUUACUCCGUGGAAUCACUGGCCCAUUGGCGCAAACUCUUGGGUCUGCUGGCUCACUCGCAAACAGCGGUGACCAGUCACAAGCUCACUUAUAUGAAGUACAGCGAGGUGCUCGCACAUCAACUGCCCCACCUUCCAGAGGAGCUGAUGGUCCCAAGCCCGCAUAAUACAGUAUACAAGGACGUACGUGAAUUGCUCGUGAAUCUGCAUGCGGGUGGGUUAAGUGUCAGUGCCGAGCGAUUAACCAAGAGGCUAGAAAAGAAGCUGGGAUGGCAUUUCGAGGGCCUGCUCGACGAAGAUCCCGAGGACCAACCCGUAAUCAUUGAACUGCCGGAGGAGUGA